AUGGAAAUCUUUGCGCGCGUGGUGAGCGCAGGCAGCAUGUCGGCGGCCGGUCGGGAAAUGAGCCUGUCCCCCGCGGUGGUCUCGAAACGAAUCCGAAGGCUGGAAGAAAAGCUGGGAACGCGACUUCUCCAGCGAACAACCCGUCAGAUCGCAAUGACCGAGGCCGGUCAGGGCUUUUAUGAACGGGUCAUUGCCAUUCUGGCCUCGGUCGAAGAAGCAGAGUCGUUUGUCUCGCGCGGAUCCGCCAAGGCCCGGGGAAAUCUCAGGGUUGCCGUUCCCACGUCGUUCGGACGCCUUCACAUUGCACCGCAUCUGGGACGGUUUCUGUCCGAGAACCCCGACCUGUCAGUCAAUCUCGACCUGUCCGACGAUUUUGUGGACAUUGUCGGCGAUGGGUAUGAUCUCGCGGUCCGGAUUGCGGAGCUUUCGGAUUCAAGCCUGGUUGCAAGGCGGUUGGCCCCGGUCCACCGUGUCCUGUGCGCCAGCCCGGAAUAUCUGGCAAAACACGGCGUUCCGAUCAGCAUUGAGGAUCUGGCAAGCAAUCAUGUAACGAUUGCAGCGACAAAUCAGGAUCCGUGGCGGCUUGCCGGGCCCUCCGGAAUCGAAACCGUGCGUACACGUGCGCCUCUCAAGACAAACUCAAACGAAGUCGUGCGGGAAUGCCUGCUUGCAGGUGUUGGCGUGGCACUUCGUUCCACCUGGGAUGUCGGUCCGGAGCUGCGAGAAGGCAAGUUGCAGAUACUGCUGCCUCAAUACAGGGCAUCAAAGGACGUCGGCCUGCAUGCCGUUUAUCCGAGCCGUCAGUUCCUGCCGGCCAAGGUGCGGGUCUUCAUCGAUUUCCUGGCCGGUCUUUACGGGACUUCGCCCUAUUGGGAUGCCGGCCUUGACGACUGGCUCCGCCUGCCGAGCAGCGCAAAGGCCGGGUGA